GGAUGACGUUGUCCUGUACAGCCCUUCCAGUAGGCAGAUUCUGCAGGACAGGGCCUGUGCCUUUAAUCUGAGCCCCACCUGCUCUGGUCAGACAGGUUUUGAGACAGGCAAGGGGAGGGAGACUGGGAAAUACUUGCAGAGCCAGCCAGAAGCUAGGCAGUUCUUUUCCGGAUCCUCUGCCUCUCUGCAGAUGUAAACACUGUGUUCUCCCUACAGUCCCACGAGGCCGGCUGCUCUGGGGAGUUCUAGGUCUGAGAAACUGUACUAGGGCCAGAAGACAAGGUAUUUUCACAGAACCUCCCCCACUCCCUAUAGGAUGACAUCGCCUUGUGGUAGAUCUCAGAACUGAAGCCUCAUAAUGACAGAACCGGAGACACUGGCCCUGCUGGACAUGAAGGACACUGAGAUUUCAGAGAAGAGCCCACCGCAGGCUUCAGUCCUGCAGCCAGAGGAAGAAGGUGGGACUGAGUCCCCUGGAGCUGAGUCCCUCAGAGUGGGGUCUUCAGUAGGGUCUCCUACAGUCAGAGAGGGGCCUGAGGAUGGACCAGACAGCACAAUAAGUGAGGCUGCCACUUUACCUUGGGGAACUGACCCCCAUCCCAGCGCCCCACUUCCGGAUCCCCCGGGCUGGCGAGAUAUUGGGCCAGAGCUCCUAGAGUCAGAAGCACCUAUUAAGUCGGAGGAACCACUCAAAGAGGAUGCCAACCUGCUCCCUGAGAAGACAGUUAGGGCCUUCGUGCCCAUUGACCUACAGUGCAUCGAGCGGAAGCCUCAGGAGGAGCGCAUCAAGCAUCGUGAGGCCGGACCAGGCGAGCUCAGGAAUUUCUUGCCAGCCCGACUCAGCCACCCUGAGCCCCCAGAGCGCAAGUGGGCUGAGGCAGUUGUGAGACCCCCUGGCCGGUCCUGCGGGGGCUGUGGAAGCUGUGGAGGCCGUGAGGCACUGAGAGCUGUAGCCUCGGUGGUGGCUGCCCUCAUCUUCUUCCCCUGCCUGCUGUAUGGAGCAUACGCCUUCCUGCCUUUCGAUGCUCCAAGGCUGCCCACCAUGAGCUCCCGCUUGGUCUAUACCCUCCGCUGUGGGGUCUUUGCCACCUUCCCCAUCGUGCUGGGGCUCCUCGUGUACGGGCUGAGCCUAUUGUGCUUUUCUGCCCUUCGGCCCUUUGGAGAGCCGAGACGGGAAGUAGAGAUCCACCGGCAGUACGUGGCCCAGUCUGUGCAGCUCUUCAUCCUCUACUUCUUUAACCUGGCUGUGCUUUCCACCUAUCUGCCCCAGGACACGCUCAAGCUGCUCCCCCUGCUCACCGGUCUGUUUGCCAUAUCUCGGCUGAUAUACUGGCUGACCUUUGCUGUGGGCCGCUCCUUCCGAGGCUUUGGCUACGGCCUGACUUUCCUGCCGCUCUUGGCCAUGCUGGUGUGGAACCUCUAUUACAUGUUCGUGGUGGAGCCAGAGCGCAUGCUCAGUGCCUCCGAGAGCCGCUUGGACUACCCCGACCAUGUCCGGUCUGUUUCUGACUACAGGCCCCGCUCAUGGGGCUGAGCCACCCAGAGCUGUGCAGGGGGUUUUCGGCAUUUCCCUGGAACAGUUGCAGACCUGGCUUCUGCCCAGCCAAUGGACAUUUGUUGCAAGGAACCUUGCUACUUCCCCACUGGGGCCCCAUACCCCUGUUUUCUCCUAGCUCCUGCUUUACCCGAGAGGACAAGAGCCCAAGGGAGACUGGAGAAACACACUUCCUUCUUGGGCAGCUUCCUACCAUGACCCAGGAGCUAUGGCUGGAUGGUUAUCUUACUCCCUAGCUUCUUGUGGGUCAGGAGUGCAGAACCACAGCCCCACCUGACUGUCUGUGCCAGCCAUCUAGAAGAGAGUCAAGGAGAAGGAAAAACUGCCCACACCCAAGGGUAAAGUUGAUGUCAUAUCAGAUAGUUGGUGAAAACCUUUCUGGAGGACCUUGGGUUCAGGACUCGAUUACCACUGGCCUCAAGACUCUUUUGCCUCAGUCAAGACAUACAUAGUUGUUGUCUUCUCUCUCCCAACUACAUGGGUCUCUGUGACCUUCCACUUUUCAGACUUCCAAGAAGUCCCACUGUAGGGGGAAGGGCAUAGAGAUAAAACCUCCAGAAGAACUGUGUUUGUACUCACAUGGUGGCUAGGAAGGCAGGGUGGCCGUCAGCCUGUAUGUAUAUGUGAGUAUGCAAUAAAUCACUGCCACUC